AUGGGCCCCCGGGCGUCGCUCGCCCGGCUGCGGGAGCUGUGCGGGCACUGGCUGCGCCCGGCACUGCACACCAAGCAGCAGAUGUUAGAGCUGCUGGUGCUGGAGCAGUUCCUGAGCGUGCUGCCCCCUCACCUCCUGGCGCGGCUGCAGGGCCAGCAGCUCCGGGACGGGGAGGAGGUGGUGCUACUGCUGGAGGGCGUGCACAGGGACCCCGGCAAUGUGGGGCCGCUGACAGCUGAACUGGACAAUUGGAGAAGUUCUCCGAGUUUAAAGCAGCCACUGAGCCCAGGGUUCCAGAGAAAGUCCCAGGCCCUGCAAGAGAGCGGCCUCGAGGACCCCGUGCUGUGGCAGGAGGAGAGUGCCCGGGACCAGGAGCUGGCGGCCGUGCUGGAGUCCCUGAGCUUUGACGAUGUCCUGGCCAAGAAGGCGUGGGCCGUGGGCCCCGGGGGCUUUGACAGCAGGGCCCCCGACGCGGAGUUGAAAGAGGAGCCCAAGGGCCUAGCCUGGCCCCCUGCCCGCCCCACGGUGGCUCCGGCCCAGAGUCCCCAGGUGCGGGAGGAGCCCCCAGCGGACCCGCCCGAUCCCAAGGUGAGCAGCGCGGGGCCCGGGGGCUCCCCGUCCGGAGGAGCCGAGGGCGCCCCGAAGCGGGAGCCGGAGCUGGCCUUCCUGUGCUCCCAGUGCCAGCUGAGCUUCCCGCACCUGGCCGGGCUGGAGGAGCACCAGCUGCGCGUGCACACCGCGCCCGCCUUCCGCUGCCAGUGCUGCGGGAAGACGUUCGGCCGCAGCUCCAUCCUCAAGCUGCACAUGCGCACGCACACGGACGAGCGGCCGCACGCGUGCCACCUCUGCGGGCGCCGCUUCCGCCAGAGCUCGCACCUCAGCAAGCACCUGCUGACGCACGGCGGCGAGCCCGCCUUCCGCUGCGCCGAGUGCAACCAGGGCUUCCAGCGCCGCGCCAGCCUCCUGCGGCACCUGCUGGCGCACGCCCAGGCGCAGGGCGCACCCGGGGACGAGCAGCCCCGGCCCGAGGCGCCCGAGCCGGCCGUCGUGCUGUGCUCGCACUGCGGCCAGACCUUCCAGCGCCGCUCCAGCCUCAAGCGCCACCUGCGCAUCCACGCCCAGGUGCAGGGCCACCAGUGCUCCGAGUGCGCGGCCAGCCUGCGCCCGGGCCCCGAGCGCCGGCCCUACGUGUGCAGCGACUGCGGCAAGGCCUUCCGGCGCAGCGAGCACCUGGGCGCGCACCGGCGCGUGCACACGGGCGAGCGGCCCUUCACCUGCCCGGUCUGCGGCCGCGGCUUCAGCCAGAGCUCGCAGCUCGUGUGCCACCAGCGCGUGCACACGGGUGAGAAGCCCUACGGCUGCCCACACUGCGGGAAGCGCUUUGUGCGGCGCGCCGGUCUGGCCCGCCACCUGCUCACGCACGGCGGCCCGCGGCCCCACCGCUGCGCGCAGUGCGGCAAGAGCUUCGGCCAGACGCAGGACCUGGCCCGCCACCGGCGCAGCCACACGGGCGAGCGGCCCUGCCGCUGCAGCGAGUGCGGCGAGGGCUUUAGCCAGAGCGCACACCUGGCGCGCCACCAGCGCAUCCACACCGGGGAGAAGCCCCACGCCUGCGACACCUGCGGCCACCGCUUCCGCAACAGCUCCAACCUGGCCCGCCACCGGCGCAGCCACACAGGCGAGCGGCCCUACGGCUGCAAGACGUGCGGCCGCAGCUUCCGCCGCAAGGCGCACCUGCAGCGCCACCUGGCCACGCACAGCGGCCCUGACGACCCGGCCGCGUCCAGCCCAGCCGAGGCCCCGCAGGAGUGCCCCGAGUGCGGCAAGACCUUCAGCCGUGGCUGCAACCUGCUCCGCCACCUGCUGGUGCACACGGGCGCGCGGCCCUACUCGUGCGCGCAGUGCGGCCGCAGCUUCAGCCGCAACUCGCACCUGCUGCGCCACCUGCGCACGCAUGCGCGCGAGUCCCUAUACUAG